AUGGCGAAGAAGGGGGCCAAGAAGGGGGGCAAGAAGGUUCGGUGUCAGAAAGCUGAGAGAAGCGACACGGAUGGGGUGAUGAUCGUCACGUGCAAGCACCUCUUCAUCUACUACUACCACGUUCUCCUUCGACACGAGUCUCUGCGCGACGUCUUCACCUUCCUCGUCACCCGCUUCGAGCACCGGCCUCCCAAAUUCAUCAUCUACGACAAAGCUUGCGAGCUUGCUCGCUAUUGCAGAGCGCGCUGGCCAGAGUUCUUCGCUCGCACGAUGUUCCUGACGGACAUCUUCCACGGUGUCACCCACAAGUGCUCUGACGAAUUCAAGUACCAUGCACUGUGA